AUGGGCGGCCCGGCCUCUCUGGUCGUACGAGACUCGCAGACUCCCAGCCAUGCCGUCGGACCGGGCGGCCCCCUGAGCAGAGACGAUGCCCCUGGCGCAAGGAGGCGAUCGUCAACAACCUCCCGGCGGGCUGCAUACAAUGCCCGAAACUUUGCCCAUAACCGUCACAGCCACGAAGCUGCCAUCUUCGGCUCCCACCGGGUACGGACUCGGAGCGUGGCGAGGGCAGAGGGCCAGGAGCUCCAGGGGCACACGCAGCACGCGGACUCGCAUCCCGGCGUGGUUCGGACCGACAGCAGCGACAAAGCAGUCAAAGAGUGGAAGCCAUCCAUCGUGAUAGGGUCCCCUCUCUGGCUCGAGGGAGAGGAUCUCAGUGCUAUUCAGAUAGCCGACAGGAAGGUUGCCCAGACCCGUCUCUGGGCUGACCACUACCGCGGAGUGCCGUACUUUGCCCAGGCACACCAGGAAGCCGUCGAGCAAAGGCAGAGGCUGGACGAGGCAUCCGAGGAGAACACCAAGCCCAGAUCGGCCCUCGAGUCUACCCGGAACCGAGCGAUUCAGGACCGCCUCGACGUCCUCGGCGCCCUUCUCCAGAGCAGCAGCUUCCCCCCCGAGCGCCAGAACAUCGAGGCGGCCAUGGCCGGCUACCGGUCCGGCGCCAUCCUGUACUCGGACUCGUACACGCUCCUCUGGGCCGGCCGCGUCGUCGACCGCUGCCCGGACUACUCCUCCUUCACCCGCGACCGGGAGGCUCGCCUGAACCGCUACGCGGCCGAGUACGGCCCGGGAUGGCUGUGGUACGAACCCCCGCUCACACGCGGGCAGACGAACGUUGUGGCCAAAAAGGGCUUCUGUCUCGAGAGCAAGGCGAGCUGGCGCCAGCCCACAGAGAACAUGGGCCACUACCAGAUCCGGAUGGGCUUCCGUCGGCGCAAGGCCAACGUAUCGCGAGGUGGGGUAGGAGAAGGAGGAGGAGGAGGAGGAGGAAAGCAACCAUCUUCCUUCUUCUCCGCCCGGACCAUUCCCCAGCCCAGCACCAGCGCCCCGGGCGAGACAGUCCCGGACCCGGACGGGCCCCGCAUUAUCUAUAGCGUGCUCCUCGACAGCGGCGCCACCUUCCCGACCCUAUGGGAGUCGGAUCUGCCCGCCCUGGGCAUCCAUCCGGCCAGGUAUGCCGCCCAGUCGGCCCGGCGCGUCCACACGGCCGACUCGACCCUCGUCUCACGCAUCUACGAGCUCGACGUGAGCGUCAUGGGCAGCCUCGACGACGACGAUGACGAUGAUGACGGUUACGACAACGGCAACGACGGUGGUGGCACUAAUCGCGGUCCCCUUUCCAGAACCGGAUCCAGAGCCAGAGCCGAGCCAGGUCGGGACCCGACAAGCCCAUCCAGCCACUCGACGACGACCAAGACGACGACGACGACAACAACAUCACUGAGCUGCACGAUUCCCGUGCUCGUCUUCCCCGGCGCCUCUCGGGACGCCACCACCGCAGCCGACGGGUCCCCCUCCUCCUCCCCCGACGCGGUGCCCGACCGCCUCAGCGGGCUGCUGCCCUUCCACACGUGCUACCUCUCCGGCGCCCCGGGCUCGUUCCGGCUGUGGAUGGGCGAUCGCCGGCGGGACGUGCUCGGCGCCUCCCGGCUGCCGGGCAUGAUGCGGUACGGCGAGGUCCUGGGAGGGGCG